AUGUUGCUGCGAAUAUGGCACAUCUUGUAUACCUUCAUCGUAGUCGUGCAGGCCAUUGACUACGAUGUCGACGAUCCAGAUUCCAUCAAAGCAGCCUGCCACUCCAUCGCCCGCCAAAUGCUAACCCACUACACGGGCAACCAACCCGGCGACAACCCAGGCAACCUCCCGGACCCAUACUACUGGUGGGAAGCCGGCGCGAUGUUCACAGCCCUCGUGGAAUACUGGUACCUCACCUCCGACGACACAUGGAACAACAUAACAACGCAAGGAAUAACCUGGCAAGCCGGACCCAGCGGCUCCUUCAUGCCCGCCAACCAAACCCGCACCGAAGGCAACGACGACCAAUCCUUCUGGGCCUUCGCAGCCAUGUCCGCCGCCGAGAGAAACUUCCCCGACCCUCCGCCCUCCUCAGGAAGCCCAGGGUGGUUGGCGAUGGCGCAAGCCGUAUUCAACACGCAAGCCGCGCGCUGGGACACGAGCACAUGUAACGGUGGACUACGGUGGCAGAUAUUUACGUUUAAUAACGGUUGGACGUAUAAGAAUACCAUUUCUAAUGGGUGUUUCUUCAACCUUGCGGCCAGGCUGGCGAAGUAUACGGGGAAUAGCACGUAUGCGGACUGGGCGGAUACAGUGUGGGAUUGGACGGGCGAGGUAGGGUUCAUGACGGAUACGUAUCGGUUUUGGGAUGGCGCGGAUGUGAGUAGUGGCUGUGGGGACUGGAAUUAUAUUGAGUGGACGUAUAAUACGGGUGUUUAUUUGUUGGGGGCUGCUGUUAUGUAUAACUUAACUGAAUCGCCUGUCUGGAAAGCUAGGACAGAAGGCAUCCUCAACGCCAGCUUCGUCUUCUUUCAGGACGAUGUUAUGUACGAGCGGGCAUGUGAGCCCGUCAAUACAUGCCAGGUCGAUCAGCGCUCUUUCAAGGGGUACCUUGCGCGGUGGAUGGCUGCGACGACGCAGAUGGCACCGUUCACGUAUGAUCUGGUGAUUCCCAAGCUGCGAGCAUCAGCCAAGGCAGCGGCGGAGACGUGCACGGGAGGUGAGCUUCAGGCGACAUGCGGGCUGAAGUGGACGGAUCGGAAGUGGGAUGGAAUGGAUGACGUGGGGAUACAGAUGGCGGCGUUGGAGGUGAUGCAGUCGACGUUGAUCAGUCGGGUUGAUCCCCCUGUGACGCAGGAUACAGGGGGCACGAGUAAAGGCAAUCCGGCAGGAGGAGAGCCGGGACCCGCGCCGGCGCCGGUGCCAGAGGGUUUGAGGUUGGAGAUCACGAAGGCGGAUAGGGCGGGGGCAGGGAUGAUGACGGUGAUGCUUUCGAUGAUUGUUAUUGGAUCCACGGGGUGGAUGGUUUAUGAGUGA